CAAAUUUCAAUUGACGUUUUGUGUUUCAAAUCGAAAUCAAAUCAAAUGAAAUCGAAAUUUUACUUUCUUUUCUUAUUCUUGGUUAUAAAUUUAAAACCUCAUUCAUUUCGUGUAAUUUGUAUGAAUUAAUAGGAAAUCGCAAAAAUAAGUGACCAUGUCGUCUGGUCGUUCCAAAACAUCGAUUCUGGACAAGCCCCUUAGCAAAGGCAAGGGAGAAGUGUCUUUGGCUCUGUACGCCCUAUUAUUUUCAGAAAUCGUGCAAUAUUGCCAAAACCGAUCGCAUUCUAUCCAUGAGCUUCAAACAAAAUUGUCAGAAAUGGGUUACGAUGUUGGAACCAGGCUGCUGGAUCUAUAUUUUGUUAGAGAACGGAAUAGCAAACGAGAGAUCAAACUGCUGAAUAUGCUACUCUUUGUUAAGUCUACUUUAUGGAAAGUUUUAUUUGGCAAAGAAGCCGAUAAAUUGGAGCAUGCAAAUGAUGAUGAAAGAACUUAUUACAUUAUAGAAAAAGAUGCUUUGGUCAACAAAUUCAUCAGUGUCCCCAAAGACAAGGGCUCUUUGAAUUGUGCAUCAUUCAAUGCUGGUAUUAUUGAAGCAGUGUUGACAAAUGGUGGAUUUCCAGCAAAGGUAACAGCACAUUGGCACAAGGGCACUACAUAUAUGGUCAAGUUUGAAGACUUUGUUAUAACCAGAGACAAAUGUUUGGAUGAUCGAUAAAUACUGACAAUUUAUGCAUUUAAAAUAUGUAUUAAGUAUAAUUACUGUACUAUGCAUAUUUUCAGUAUAAAGCUAAGGCUUAUGGCUUUGCCUGCAUAUAAAAUUUCUUUCCUGUACCUUGUGAAAAAUUUCAUGAACAUUUGAGAAUAGUGAUGGUGUAAAAGUAAACUCUUCUCACUACAAAUAUGGAAGUCCAUGUUCAGGGUUAUUAGUCAUCUUUCACCUCCCUUGCCUCAUGUAGUUACUUUUUUCUAUAAUCUGUACUAUAGAAGUAAAUUGUGGUAUUAAAGGGGAAUCUACUGAACCGAUUUUUUAAAAUUUUUUACCAAUAUGAGCAUGGGAACCAGAACUACAAGAGAAACCUUGUGGCAUGGGCUAGUACAUAAUAUAAACAAUAGCCAUUUAUGAACAUGAGCAAAUUAUGUCACAGAUGCCAUAAAGGUCACAAGUCAUUAGGGACACAGUUGGCUCUAAUGACUUGUGACCUCUAUGUUAAAAUUAUUUUUAACAAUAAAAUAUUCUAUUAGAUACUCAAA